AAGUAAAAAUGCGGAGAGAAAGGAGCAAGUGACACACUUGGCGGACCAGCCUAGAUUCAGAGUGCGGCUAGCAGUCGUGCGGUGCUGAUGUCUGUUGUUGAGGAUACCGUCUCUUGUCUGGUACGGACGAGUGAACGUGCUCCGGUGGAUGAAAGACGCCGACAUGCCGGCCCUAGAGAGGACGUGUAACGGAGCCUUGGCCUUGCACUACGCGGCGGCGAGGGGAUGUCUGGAUUGUGUACGUCUGCUGGUAGACGCCUCAUCCGACCUCAGCGCGAACACACAGAUGGACAAUGACGUCACACCGGUGUACCUGGCCGCUCAGGAGGGACACCUGGAGGUCCUCAAGUUCCUGGUGUUGGAGGCCGGAGGCUCCCUGUACGUGCGUGCCAAGGACGGGAUGGCUCCUGUGCACGCAGCGUCGCAGAUGGGCUGCCUCAACUGUCUCAAGUGGAUGGUUCAGGAUCAAGGUGUGGACCCCAACCUGCGAGAUGGGGAUGGUGCCACUCCACUGCACUUUGCCGCCAGUCGGGGACAUGUGGAGGUGGUACGCUGGUUGUUACGUCACGGCGCCAAGUUGGUCCUGGACAAGUACGGCAAGAGUCCUAUCAAUGACGCAGCUGAAAACCAUCAGAUGGAGUGCCUGAAUCUACUUGUGCAGCGAGGCACCACACCCGACUAUCAUGAUGACCUGCGUCAGGGCAAGCUACAUGGCUGUACCUGCCGGGCUGGGGACAACACUGUGUGUUCAUAUGCCGAUUGCGUGAAUUAUGGGAGGGACAAGGAACCGUUCUACCUGCACCCUCCAACACAAGGAUCUGUCAAGGACUCUCCUCCAGUAAAGGAUGGGCUCUACAUUAAUCCCAUGACAGUGACUCAGACACAGUCACAGACACACAGCUUCUACCUUCACAAUCCCCACGAGGUUCCCUACCACCGUGUCAAGGACCUAUUCAGCCCUGAGAAGUCAGGAUUUGCUACCUACAGCAAGCCACCACCUCCUCCUCCACCGCCUCCACUCACAGUGAAGGUAGAAGUACACAGCAGCUCCAGUGGGGCAGGUUCUGAUGAGAACAUGAGCUCGUCGGACCUGAGCGAGCGAGGCAGUGGCAGCGGGGCGGGGGGUGAGCAUGACUAUGAAGACAUCUAUAUGGUGCGGGCAGAAGCAGGGGCAGGCAAGCCACGGAGUCGCAGCCGAGACUCUGGCAGCCACAGUCGUUCAGCCAGCCUAAGUUCCACCCACAGCAACAUCAUAGUGGAGGUUGAAACACAACCAGAAUUGCCUGUACCUAACUCAACCAACGGUUCCCCAAAACUACAACCUGCAGAAAUCAACAGUGACGCACAGUCUCAGAAUAGCAAGACAAAAUUAAACCACAGUCAUUCCAUGCCUUACCAUGCAGCAAAUAGCCGAGCACUGAAGAGAGUAGUGUCGGAACCAGGAGGAGCUCUGCCCCCUCCACCUCCUCCUCCACCACCAGAGGAUCUGUCCCUGACUUCCUCCCCAGACCUGAGCAUUACACCGACGAGGACUGAAACUUUGAACAAGACUCACAGGUCAGAGAGUCAGUCAUCUCAGUCUUCAGCCGACAACUCCAGUAUGGAGGAGCAGACAACACUCAGAGCGUCGUCAGUUUCCCCUCCUAAACCAGACGAACCCCCGAUACUUGACUCACAUGACGGAACAAACAAAGAGAGCGGCAGUGGUGGUGAGGCACCUCACGCCGGUGCCGGUCCUAACCUCGUCAACAAGCAGAUGGUCCUGCCGUUCAUCCCGCCCAAGUUCCCCAGCAGCGGUGAGGACUCAGACUCCCUCAUCAAGCCGUCAGAGUACCUACGCGCCCUCGGCAGCAAAGCGCCGACCCUCGCACCCUUAGCCCUGGCGCCCAACGCACCCCGCCCGGAGCCGCUGCCUGCCGUACAUUCGUUCCAGGGAGAAGACAAGACGGGCAGCACAGUGAGUGUGGGGCCUCCGCCGCCCCCCAUGCCGGAGCCUGUGACUCCCCCACCCCCCACCCGCAAGGCAGACCAGCCCCUGGGCACUAUCAGCAUCCAGGACCUCAACAGUGUCCAGCUAAGGCGCACCAACAAACCACUCUCUAAGACCAUGUCCGCUCCCCUUUCCUCUCUUACAGGACCAGUUGAGGCACCAUUCCAAGUUGCAAAGCAAGACUUAAUAGAAGAACUAAAAAAAUCAAAAGAUAUUACAGGAAUCAAAAAGAUGAAAGUUGAAAAAGUGAAGAUGGAAGAACAACAUGAAAAAGAAAUGGUGACAGAAAUCACAAAGCAGCUAUCUGUUGACAGUUUUGUUGAAAAGAUCCCAGAUAAGGAUGCAACAGGCAAUCCGAUACCUCCAUGGAAGCGCCAGAUGCUUGCCAAGAAGGCAGCGGAAAAGGCCAGGAAGGAGAUGGAGGAGAUGUUGGCGCGACAGGCCGAGGAGAAGAGACUACAGGCUAUUCCUGCUUGGAAACGACAACUCAUGCAGGCCAAGAAACCAGAUGACAAGCCAACCACGAACUACAUCACUACUACCAGUGUGGAAGAGAAAAGAGUUGUUCCUGCCGUCCAGAUAGUGGAGAAUAGCCAAGCCAGAGAGAACAAAGAGAACAACCAGCCAGUGGCCGUGCACAAGGAAGUGGUGACACCGACCACAGAGGAUGAGACGGGCCAGAUCAUCCCUUGGCGAGCUCAGCUGAGGAAGACCAACAGUACCCUCAACCUGCUGGAGUGACAUCACGUCAUGUACUGACCACUGCUCAACCCUCCACACCGACACCCUUCUUCUGCAGUUAUUUAUGUAAUCAAACACGAUAGUCAAACGUAUCUAAGGACUUUUAUAGUCAGCUGUUGUAAAUAGCUUCCGGUGCAAUUUACAGCUAUCGAGUUUGUUCAGAUUCUAUCUACGUACUCGAAGAGCGCUACUUUAUCUGGAUGCUCUGAUGGUUGUCGAAUUGAUGUAUAUUAUGUAAAUAGCUGAAUAGAGGCUCUUAAUGGGUGCCCAUUUUCAGUAUAGUUGACUUCAUAAAUGACCUCAUAUCUUUGCAAAUCUGAUAGCUUUUGUAUGUUUUGUUUUCGUUUAACAAUGUAGUAACAGUAAGCUGCCACAAUGUCAAGGGAGCUGAAAGGAGUCUGAAUUAGAAACUAGAUGAUACAUUUUUAAAUUGUGGAAAUUUGUUAUUCAUUUAAGCCAAGGUUUGUUAAAGCCAUUACAGUAUGGUAUAUUGAUAAGAAUUUAGUUAAAAGUUUUUUUUACUUAAGUAAGUUAAGAAUCAUUCCAGUAAUCCAACAUUGCUUUCAUACAUAAUGUUGGUUCCAUUGAAAUGUUUGUUUUGAAAUGGGCAUCACACUAUAUUCAUUAUUUAUUUAUCGAUUAAACAAUGCACUUUCAUCAUAUUUGCUGCUUUGUAACCAUGCAACUAUUUUUUAAUAACUUGGGUUUCUAAACAAUUAUUAAAUUAUUUCAACUAUUUCAGAUUUUUGCAGCCUGAAUUUGAAGCAAAACUUAUUUUCAUGAAAUUAAAAAACAGCUAGUAGAAGAAAAUGAAUCAUUAAGGAAGCAACAUUUCCCUAAGUUUGCUUAAAAGCUUGAAUUCAAAAUUUAACAGUACGUUUUUAAACAACAAAGUGCAGCAUAGUAUUUUAUGCUGAAUAAUUUUUAAAGAGCUUUAUAAGUUUGCUGACUUUUCCAUCAUUUUUUGUUUUAAAACUGUGAUUUAUAUAGAAUGUGUACAACUUCUGUGAGAUAAACUUAGGAGUUAUUCAAGUACAAUACACUUUUAAAUGCAACACCUGAAUGGUGGCUUUGCCACAUAUAAUUGGACACGAAUUGUUAUUUACCCUAAGGAAAUAUAUUACUUUAGAUGCAGAGCAAUACUGAAACUAGACUAAUUAAACUGAUUUUGAUUAAUAAUA